GACAAGUCUCAUACUCAGCCAUGCCCAGGGAUGAAGGACACGAUGCUCUCCUGGAUGGCCAAAACGGCCCAGAUGGAGGGGAAUCUCAAUCCCUACUUUUAGCGUCUCCCAUCGAAGAACCCCACUUGAUAGUCCAUCCCACUAGAUCCAAUCCGCCCGCGCCUCCGACUAUUACAAUCCCACCUAACACACGACCUGACGACCUACGACGACAAUCCUCGAUGUCGCAGCCUGUCCCGGAUGGACAACGUCGUACUCCUCGCACGCCGAACCGUGUUCGAUUUGAUCUCGACGAGGAAUCGGAGGAAGAACACCGUUCGGGUGGCCAUUCCCCCAACUCAGAUACGCUAUGGAUAGAAGAAGAAGAUUACGAGCACGAUAACCAAAAUGACCCAGGGCGAAGAAACAGGGGGCAGAUGGUUCCUCUAUUGACAGAUAUUGAGGCCCCGAGUGUGACGCUUGCGACUUCUGAGGACUUCUUCCCUGAAGACCAUUUGGAGAGCGCUAGACCCAGGAGUGGGAUGCGGAUGGCGUUUAUGAAUAUGGCAAAUAGCAUCAUUGGCGCCGGUAUUAUCGGGCAGCCUUAUGCGCUCCGACAAGCAGGGAUGGUUAUGGGCAUAGGGCUUCUGGUUGCGCUUACAAUUGCCGUGGACUGGACGAUUCGUUUGAUCGUGGUCAACUCCAAGUUGAGCGGCGCGGACUCUUUCCAGGCAACUAUGCAACAUUGUUUCGGAAAAAGUGGACUCAUCGCCAUUUCCCUUGCUCAAUGGGCUUUUGCCUUUGGAGGCAUGGUUGCUUUCUGUAUUAUUGUUGGAGAUACUAUUCCACAUGUGUUCAACGCUCUAUUCCCUUCCCUUCGAGAUAUGUCAUUCCUCUGGCUUCUUACCGACAGGCGCGCCAUAAUCGUCCUUUUUGUCCUUGGUAUCUCAUACCCAUUGUCUCUGUAUCGGGACAUUGCCAAGUUGGCAAAAGCGUCCACCCUUGCGUUGAUAAGCAUGAUAGUGAUUGUGAUCACCGUCAUCACCCAAGGAUUCCGCGUCCCUCCAGAGUCGCGAGGAGAUGUAAAGAAUCUUGUUCUUGUCAAUUCUGGCUUCUUCCAGGCAGUCGGAGUGAUAUCUUUUGCAUUUGUUUGCCACCAUAAUAGUCUUUUGAUCUAUGGCUCACUUCAGAAACCGACGAUGGAUCGUUUUGCCCGUGUUACCCACUAUUCAACAGCAGUAUCCUUAUUCAUGUGCCUGGCUAUGGGUAUUACAGGCUUCCUUACCUUUGGCUCUCAAACUCAAGGAAAUGUUCUGAAUAACUUUCCAUCGGACAAUAUAUUGGUGAAUAUAGCACGGCUAUGUUUUGGCCUCAACAUGCUCACCACCUUGCCGCUGGAAGCAUUUGUGUGUCGAUCAGUUAUGACAACCUAUUACUACCCUGACGAGCCGUUUCACUUGAACCGGCAUUUGAUAUUUACAACAUCCCUGGUCGUAACGUCCAUGGCUUUGGCCUUGGUAACCUGCGAUCUAGGAGCUGUGUUUGAGCUCAUCGGAGCGACAAGUGCCUCUGCCUUGGCCUAUAUCUUCCCUCCUCUUUGCUACAUCAAACUAAGCAAUACAAGCCGAAAGGCAAAAAUCCCUGCUUAUCUGUGCAUAGCGUUCGGAAUCGCCGUCAUGGGAGUUAGUCUUGUCCAGGCCAUUGCUAAGAUGAUGAGCAAUGAGGGCGGCUCCGGUUCUUGCGCUGCUUGAAAGUGCCAUACAUUUCAAAACUACAAAUUCUGCCUUGUAUCUUACUACAUUUAGACUUGAUUUUCAUAGACUCGCCGUCCUACUCAAAUUCAGUGUAUAUACCGUUUUCAAUGUCGUUUCACCUACAUCUUGCGCAGAAUCAUUAUAUCAGACAUGCAUUGUAUGGCGACCGUUCAGAAAUGAGACCGAAAAAUACAGUUAAUGGAGUAGGAUAACC